GUGUGUGUGUUUCAGAUGAGAUGAGGCGGACGCGGCGAUGAUGACACAUUCACACCACCCUGCUGUAUUUAUUUUUCCCUGACACUCGCUGUAGUACUACAGCCGGAGACCGUGUCUGGCAAACAUUUGAACAGCUUUUGUUUUUAUUAUCCCGAAGUGUACUGUUUCGACUUCGGAGAUAUGACAACGCGGCUCAGUCGCUGAUGUUCAGAUAACCCGUUGCAUAAACACGUCGACUCUCUGCAUGCACUGAGUCCCAGCGGAACACCUGCUGCACUUCGCGGUAACUAUACUGCUAAUAUCCGAACCCACACAGCGGACAGGAUAAACGCAGCGGUUUCACUCAGCAGUAAAACAGGACCGCAGGGGUCUGUCCGCCUGUCCGUGUUGUUCCCAGAACCAGUUUAAGCGACUCCAAUGCGCGUCAGGAAGCUGCGCGGAUAAGUAACUGGUGAGCUCGUAAGAAGUGUGAUUAAUUUAUUUUCUUCAAGACGCGCGUCUCUUCCACCAAUUCAAAAGACUCAGAAAACGGGCGACGGCUGUUUUUUGGAGAGCCGGAGCGGUGUGUUGUCUCCAGUGGCGCGUUGCUAGCCGGAGAAGCCGGUCCCUGGGGAACCAUGGUGGAACUGGAGAAGGAGGUUCUGCCGCUGCCGCCGCGGUACCGGUUCCGAGACCUGUUGCUUGGAGACUGGCAAGCGGACGACAGGGUGCAGGUGGAGUUCUACGUCAACGAAAACACUUUCAAGGAGCGCCUGAAGCUGUUCUUCAUCAAAAACCAGCGAUCAAGUCUGCGGGUGCGGCUGUUUAAUUUCUCCCUGAAGCUGCUGAGCUGCCUGCUGUACAUCGUGAGGGUGCUGCUGGACGACCCGAGGGAAGGGCGUGGAGGCUGCUGGGGGUGUCCGAAACAGCAGAAUAACUCCACCUACCAGCACAGUCAGUUUGACUGGGUUCACAUCAUCUGGGUCAACAGACCGCUACCACUGUGGGCUUUGCAGGUUUUAGUGGCACUGAUCAGCCUGUCCGAGACCAUGUUGCUUGUCUAUCUCAGCUAUAAGGGCAACGUGUGGGAGCAGGUGCUGCGAGUGCCGUUUAUCCUGGAAAUGAUCAGUGCAGUCCCCUUCAUGAUUACAGUUGUUUUGCCUUCUCUCAGGAACCUGUUCAUCCCUGUGUUUCUGAACUGCUGGCUCGCCAAGCAUGCUCUGGAAAACAUGAUAAACGAUCUCCACCGAGCCAUACAGAGGACUCACUCGGCCAUGUUCAACCAGGUCCUGAUUCUCAUCUGCACCCUGGUCUGCCUCAUGUUCACGUGUAUCUGUGGGAUCCAGCAUUUGGAGCGAGCCGGCAACAACCUGACGCUGUUCGACUCGCUGUAUUUCUGCAUCGUGACGUUCUCCACUGUGGGCUUCGGAGAUGUCACCCCCAAGAUCUGGCCCUCGCAGCUGCUGGUGGUCAUCAUGAUCUGCGUGGCCCUCAUCGUCCUGCCCAUCCAGUUCGAGCAGCUGGCUUACCUGUGGAUGGAACGUCAGAAAUCGGGAGGGAACUACAGCCGCUACCGCGCCCAGACUGAGAAGCACGUGGUGCUGUGUGUCAGCUGCCUCAAGAUAGACCUGCUCAUGGACUUCCUCAAUGAGUUCUACGCACACCCUCGCCUGCAGGAUUACUACGUGGUGAUUCUGUGCCCAACAGAGAUUGAUGCCCAGGUGCGCAGGGUCCUCCAGAUCCCCCUCUGGUCUCAGAGAGUCAUCUACCUGCAGGGCUCCGCACUCAAAGACCUGGAUCUCAUGAGAGCCAAGAUGGAUGACGCGGAGGCCUGCUUUGUCCUGAGCAAUCGCUUUGAGGUGGACCGCAUUGCUGCCGAUCACCAGACCAUCCUGAGGGCUUGGGCGGUCAAGGAUUUCGCCCCCAACUGCCCCCUGUACGUCCAGAUCCUCAAGCCGGAGAACAAAUUCCACGUCAAGUUCGCAGAUCACGUGGUGUGUGAGGAGGAGUUCAAGUAUGCCAUGCUGGCUCUGAACUGUGUGUGUCCGGCGACCUCCACCCUCAUCACCCUGCUCAUACACACCUCCAGAGGCCAAGAGGGGGGUGCUGGCUCGGCUGAGCGCUGGCAGCGUUCGUACGGUCGCUGCUCUGCUAACGAGAUCUAUCACAUCCAGCUGGAUGAGAGCAAGUUCUUCGGGGAGUACCAGGGCAAGAGCUUCACCUAUGCUUCCUUCCACGCCCACAAGAAGUAUGGGGUGUGUCUGAUCGGAGUGCGGAGGGUGGACAACGCCAACAUCCUGCUGAACCCGGGGCCGUGCCACAUCAUGAGCGGCUCUGACACCUGCUUCUACAUCAACAUCUCCAAGGAGGAGAACUCUGCCUUCAUCUUCAACCAGCAGGAGGCGCUGCGCGGGAGCCACGGCCCGCCGCAGACCAUCUACCACGGCCUGACACGCCUGCCUGUGCACAGCAUCAUCGCCAGCAUGGGCACCGUGGCGAUGGACCUGCACGACUCGGGCAGCAGCGAGGGCAGUCCAGAGAGCGCUGGGGAGGGAGGGAACACGCUGGCGCUGCCGGUACCAGACCCGGCCCGGGAGAGGCGGCACAGCAUCGCGCCCGUGCUGGAGCUGAUGGACAGCGUGCCCUCGCCCUCCUUCGACCUGCUGAGUGACCAGUCUGAGGACGAGGCUGGGCCCGAGGGCAGGGAGGCUGAGCCGGACUGCGGGGGCGCCAGCGAUGGCAGGUGGGUGAAGGGGUACCCCAUGAACUCCCCCUACAUCGGCAGCUCCCCCACUCUGUGCCACCUCCUGCAGGACAAGGUGCCAUUCUGCUGCCUACGUCUGGACAAGGGCUGCCACCACAUCCCCUACGAGGACGCCCGUGCCUACGGCUUCAGAAACAAGCUGAUCAUCGUGUCUGCGGAGAGCGCUGGCAACGGUCUCUACAAUUUCAUCGUGCCUCUGAGAGCGUACUACCGGCCCAAGAAGGAGCUGAACCCCAUUGUGCUGCUGCUAGAGAGCUCACCAGAAGCACAUUUUCUGGAAGCGAUCUGCUGGUUCCCCAUGGUGUACUACACGGUGGGGUCCAUUGAUAAUCUGGACAGCCUGCUUCACUGUGGGGUCACCUUCGCUGCCACCAUGGUGGUGGUGGACAAGGAGAGCUCCAUGAUUGCAGAGGAGGACUAUAUGGCCGACGCCAAGACCAUCGUCAACGUGCAGACCCUGUUCAGGCUGUUCCCCAGUUUGAGUAUCAUCACAGAGUUGACUCACCCGGCCAACAUGCGCUUCAUGCAGUUCAAAGCAAAGGACCACUACUCACCCGCACUGUCCAAACUAGAGAAGAAAGAGCGUGAGAAAGGUUCCAACCUGGUCUUCAUGUUCCGGCUGCCCUUCGCUGCGGGGAAGGUGUUCAGCGUGAGCAUGCUGGACACCCUGCUGUACCAGUCCUUUGUUAAAGACUACAUGAUCUCCAUCACAAGGCUGCUGCUGGGUCUGGACUCGAUGCCUGGCUCUGGUUUCCUCUGUGCUAUGAAGAUCAGCGAGGAUGACCUGUGGAUUCGCACGUACGGACGCCUCUAUCAGAAGCUCUGCUCCUCCACCGCUGACAUUCCCAUCGGGAUCUACCGCACCGAGUCCCACACCCUGCCCGUCUCCGAGUCUCAGGUCUCGAUCAGCGUGGAGGACUGCGAGGACACCAGGGAAUCCCGGGAGCCAAUCAUGUGCCGGGUGAACCACCGUAACUCCACCUCCAGCGACCAGUCGGAUCAGCCAUUGCUGAGGCGCAAGAGCAUGCAGUGGGCGCGGCGGCUGAGCAGAAAGGGGGGGCGGCACUCCAACAAGACCAGCGCAGCCGAGCGCAUCACGCAGCAGCGCAUGUCUCUGUUCCGACGCUCCGAGAGGCAGGAGCUCAACUCCCUCGUCAAGAACCGCAUGAAACACCUGGGCCUCUCUCCCUCGGGAUACAAUGAAAUGACGGAUCACGGCAACACUCUGUCCUACAUUCUCAUCAACCCUUCCCCUGACACCCAGCUGGAACUCCACGAUGUUGUGUACCUGAUCAGACCAGACCCUCUGUCGCUGGUGUCCAGCCAGGCGGGCAGUCGAACGGGCAGCUCGAGGAGAAGUGAUGGGUACCGCUUCAACACGCGAGACAGCACCCACCUGUGAGGGGGACCGACGGCCACAAACUGGACAGGCAGGAGACUCCUGGCUCUGGGUUCAGAUUUGAUCAGUCCCCACAAUGUCAACAAGUUUACAAACAUCACCAGGACUUACAAUCAGAAAUGUGCUUUUAAAUGCGUUUGAACAACAAAUGCCUUUUGCCCCAAUUCAGCGCACAUCUCUCUUUAUAACACUGGUCAGGAGCUAUAGGUAGAGACCCUGCAAUUCGUGUCCCGCUAAUGUAAGUGUGAGGCAAACGGGAGCCUUACCCACCUUACAACCUGUUCUGCAGUAUAAAGGGAAGCCUUAUUUAUAACAAGGAGCACUCUUGAGAUUUUAUUUAUUUAUUUAUUUUUUUAUGAAAAGGGACCAGCCAACACCAAGUUGUGUUUUAGAUGCAGUUACAUCAGGGAAAACGCUUGUGUUUCCUGUUGAAUUACCUAUUCAAAUUCCGAAACGCACUUUGUUUCGUCACACGAAAAGCCUUAGUACCCAACUGCCACCUGUUGUCAAGCGCUCUUUAUUCUCAU